UCUAAUUUAAUAAUGAUGAAAGACGACACAUCAUCCCUGGAAUCUGGAGAAUCACCUUCUAGCAACGAGGAAGGUUGUAGCCUCAAUAAUUCUAUAACAUCUUUUCUUCAUAGGCUUCGGCAUAUGCCCGAACAGAAAAAGCAGCAACUAGUCUCCAAUUCUGUAGCAAUUGUUAGAAAUACAGGAACUCCCAAAUCUAAUGGAAAUUGUGCAAGUGUGGAAUGUGCUCAACGGGAAAGUGUUCCCCUAACGGCAGAUGAGGUUUUUGAAGUUGUUUAUGGUGUCAGGGAAGUUGAUAAAAAUAGUCAAAAGAAUGGGAAUGAACGCGGUGUUCAAAAGAUUGAGAAUGAUAGAAGUACUCAAAAGGUGGAGAAUGAAAGGAGUGUUCAAAGGAAUGAGAAUGAACGAGCUCCUUUUAAGAUGGAGAAGCUAGAAAGGACUGAAAAGCCAGGAAUGGUUUUCGUUGUAGAUGCUCAUGAACGCAGGGUUCGGAUUGUAUCGAGAGAGGAAAUGAGGAAGCAGUCAUCACGCCUAAUUCUUUUGGAAGACUUGCCUGAGGAAGAACUUUCUCGUUUUGGAUCCAUUUUUGCUGAUGACAUUGAGAGCUCUGAUAGAUUUGUACAUUGUGAUAUUUGUGACCAAUAUUUUGACUUUUGCUGCCUCGAACAUCCACUUUAUCAAUGCCAGGAUCGGGAUCCUGCUGUAAGUGCUCAGAAUUCGCCGUCCAAAGAAGGAGAUGAUAGGGCUUCCUUGACAUUGCCAGGCUUUUUGUAUAUACACAAUUCUCCUAUUCCGAAUGCUGGCAAAGGUGUUUUUGCUAAAGUAGAUAUUCCUGUUGGAAUUGUUUUUGGUCCAUAUGAAGGUAUUCUUUUUCAAGAUCCUAAGAAAGCAAGUCAGGAUGGAUACUCUUGGGAAUUGCGUGUUGGCAAUGGAAAGCCCUCCUUUUAUAUUGAUGCGAAGGAUCCUCGAUAUUCUAAUUGGAUGCGUUAUAUCAAUUCGCCAAGGCACGAAAGUGAACAAAAUCUUCUAGCAUUCCAAUAUCGUGGUUCUGUCUUUUACCGUGUCUAUCGCCCUGUUGACAAGAAUAGCGAAUUAUUGGUUUGGUAUGGAAAGAGCUUUGGCAAAGAACUCGGUAUAAUAAACGCAACUAGUAAGAAAAAACCUUUUGUUUUCUAUCCCGGAAAGAAUCCUUUUGUUUUGUAG